AUGCACCACCUCGUACGGAAGGACCGGAGCCGCGACCGCUUCCCGCUGCCGCUGGACCACUUCCCCAAGCCGCACAUGUCGGUGGCCGAGAAAGCGUUUUUUCAAUCGGUCGCGCGCAAGUCGUGCACCAAGGUCAUCUACUACGCGCGGCGCCAUGGCGGGCCCGUCUCGUGGGUGCCGCUCACGUCGGCGAAAGCCCGCGUCCAAGUGUUUCGCGGCAAGAUUCCUGGCGACACGAGCAGUCUCUCGUACUACUGCGCCGUCUCGUACAUCAAGGCGACGCUCGAGGAGGUCGCGGCCGUCUUCUCGACCGACUCGACCGACAAGUACCGCAAGUACGCCAAGGUGUUUGCACCCGACUACCUCGACUGCGCCAACCUCUGCAACCUCGUCGUGCCCAACGACGAGAACCCGAUGCACUACAUUGGCAUGAAGUGGCACGCGGUCAAGUCGCCAACGCUCUUUGCCCGCCCGCGCGACUUUUGCGUCCUCGAGUGCCAAGACGAAUUCGUCGACCGCAAGACGGGGCGGCGCGGCUGGGUGAGCAGCAUGCACUCGGUGAGCUCGUCCAACUGCCCCAACAUGGAGAGCUCGCUGCAGCUCGUUCGCGGCAGCAUUUACCGGUCCGGCUUUGUGUUUGUCGAGUGCGCCGAGGACCCGACGCGCCUCGAAGUCGUGCAUGUGCUCCAGGCCGACCUCAAGGGCAACAUUCCGAGCUACCUCGUGUCGCAGAUCAUGAAGCGCCGCGUCGUCGCGCUCGGCCGGUUCGAGAGCUACUUCCAGCGCCGGCACUUGACCGCGCAGGGCUUCGCCGAGACGCUCGUCGCCAAGCACGAGAGCUCCGAGUGCGCCGUGUGCCAGCACGCCUUUCACUUUGCGACGCUCCACAAGCACAACUGCCGAAAGUGUGGACAAGUUGUCUGCCGCAAGUGCAGCUCGGUCUGGCGCGCGCUCACGGCCGACGCGAGCGGGAAGCAAAACCUUCGCAUCUGCACACGCUGCGCGCGCGGGAGUGCACAGGCGACGAGCGAGCACUCGGCGAUCUUUACGCCACGCCCGCUGAAGCGGUUCCAGUCCAAAGAGUGGUUCCUCUCGAUGCGGUCCGCGCUCGUUGCCAACCCGUUUCGUCCGUCCGUGUCACUGUCCUGUGACGUCCACCACCAGCAGGAUAUCACGCAAGCUUCGCUCGAGGUCCACGAAGCACCCACGACCAAGCCCGUCACGCUGCGCAACACGGCCCAGUACCACCAAGACGACGAUGCGCUCGACGACGACGUCCCCGACGACGACGAGCGCGAGAACGCGACGGUGUUUGGUCUCGACGCGGACAGCGUCGUCUUUCACUCGAUUCGGUCGUCGUCCGGGCCGCUCUCGCCGGCCGAGAAGAGCGACUCGUGGCAGUUUAGCAACCUGGUCGCGUCCGUGACGCAGCGGCUCUCGGUGCUCUCGGACCUCUCGCCCGACGAGAUGGUCGUGUACCAGCAGCUGCAGCGGCAGUCCGACUUGUCGUUUUUGAGCGUCGACGGCGGCAAGCUCAAGGACGAGCUCGCGACGCUCGACGAGACCGUCGAAUGGGACGAGGAGAGCGAGAGCUCGCGCUACGACCUCCUCAGCGACAACCUCGUCCGCGAGAGCAUCAUUGAACGCAAGAACUCGAGCUCGCCCCGGAACAUGGACGCCGUCGUCGCCAAGCUCGUCGCGCGCCUCGAGACGAGCACACGCGGCGAAGACCCGGCCAUGAUCAAAAACAUCCUGAUGGCAGCGGUUGCCAGCUCCGUCUACUCGUCGUCGUCGUCGUAAUCAUUCUUUAAUUUAUCGAGGUGGACCCUGGA